AUGGCUGGUAAAAGAUCGUACGAACUUCACCACCACUUCCCAAGAGUCGCGGAUGAGUCGGGUUUCACUUUUAACAUACACCGUCCUCGAGCUCACAUCGAUUGGAAUAAGUUUAGGUUAAUUGAUAUAGACGGCCUUAUUCGAGAAAGAAAAUUCACGUUAAUAGAACAACAUAUGAACGACAUUCUGCAAUGUGUGUUGGAAUCAGAAUUCGAUGUGAGGAUUUUGGACGAAGGUGUAGUAAAGAUGUUUAGAAUGGCUCAGUUAGCUAUAGAAUAUCAACAGUUUUGCCGUCAUUACCUCGACCGUAGCGUUUUUGUAUUAAGAGAGGAAAUUACAGCACUUGCUCAGGAACUAGAUAUGACUAAGAAAGAACUGAGAGAAAAAGACGAAGAAAUCCGAAAGAUGAAAAAAAAAACAAAGCACACAUAUCGGACACCACUUCCGUACGGCAAUGACAAUAUAGCCACAAUGAUACUGAAGACGCUUGCGAAUAAGGGCGACAUUUUUCCUACUACAUCUAAUGGAGACACAUUACAAUAUAAUAAAUGUAGCUACUGCGAUAAAGUUUUUCUCAACCAACUUUAUUUGCAAAGUCAUUUGUCCAGGAGACAUCCCAAUGUCGUUGAAAUACCCCAAAAAGAUAUCCCUGACAAUGUCCAAAGAAAAUCCGAACAAGAAAAUACAAGACUCAAUGAUGAAGUGAUGGCAUUGAAGUUAAAACUAAAAGAAAUGGAAAACAUGAUUGCAAAAGCAAAUAAUCUGGCAAAUACUGCUAAUACAGAAACAAAAACGGAUAAUCUUAAUAUAGAUAAAGACAUUGUGGAAAGGAAUAUGAAAGAUGCGGAGGUAUCUACCAACAACGAAGAUUACCUGCUAGAUAAAAUAGAAGAAUGGAAAAGGGAGGAACAUGAGAAAUACAACAAGGAAAUUAACUUGCUACGAAGUCAAAUCUUAGAGACUAUAAACUCUAUCAAAGAGAAAGAGGCCCUAAAACAGCCCCAAAAUGAUCCAAAUGUGAAUUUAAUCGAACAACUUCAUGCUACAAUUAAACAACAGGGUGCCGAAAUAGUUCUUUUGAAAAAUGAAUUGCGUGAUUCUGAACUGAAAUCACAAAACGAAAAAGUUGAGAGGAAGGCGGAAACUGAUUCACAAACGUUACUGUGGAAUAGAAGGGCCGAAGCUCAAAUGAAACAAUACGAAUCGUUGCUUCAAAAAUUGAAUGAAGUAGCUCAAGAAGCGCGGGAAUCUCGAGCAACAGCUGAUGCGGAACGGGAACGAGCAACGCAGCUCCAGGUUUUAUUGCAACAAAGCUUGAACAAUCAAGUUAGGUUAGAUACGGAUAGACAUAACCAUCAAUACAAGGUGUGUGGGAAUUUAACAAACGUAAACAGAGAGUUAAAAAACAAAAAAUCACUUCGUAAAUCGAACCCCGUUGCUGAUCGCAAUACGCUGGAAAAUUUACAUCGCAAGGCACAAGAACUUCUUAAGAUGAAAUCUACAGAUAGUUCAUCAGAUAUAUCAACUACAAGUUUGGAAAAUCAACCAAAUCUUACCACAACUGAGAAAUUGAAAGUGAAUGUAAAUCAGCAGCUGCCACCCAACGGCUAUAAUGUAAACAAAGAAAGUCAACGUGUAAAAAAUAAAUUAAUUUCAAAACCAGCAAUGAAAAAUCACAACCGCGAAACUAACACUCCAGAACCAAAAGUAAAAAAGAACAAGUCAAAACCUCGUCAUUAUGUCUUAUCUAAAGUGGGAAAUGGAGUAGUCGUACCUCCGGGGAGUCCGUUAAAAUUAGUACGAGCAAGACUCACAGAGGAGGUAAACAGUCGUCUUGUAUCUGCCGGCAUUGAUCCACUUAAAAACAGAAUGCCACAACAAGUAUUUAAAAAGCAACGCAUGCAACUGCAACAAAUGCAUGACUUUAAGUCAAAGAAAAAUCCCGCGUACCAAAAGACAAGGCAUUCCAUUUUGGCAUUUUUGGAUUCAACUACUUCCAAUUCAAAGAAAAGAGAAAUUAUCGAAAACCAGGAUUACACAUCACCGACUAAAUUAACGAAACCAUUCAGUUUGACAAAUGUAAUAUCUAAUGUUAAAAACAAGGCCUUAUCUCUUGUUAAACCAAAUGACAUGACAAAUAAAACCAAACGUAAUACAUUAAACGCCGAAGUUGCUCGAAAAGCAAUGUCCUUGCUAAAAACUCCACCGGAUUCAAUGAACACAAGUCCAGCAAUACAAAGAAAAAUAAUUGACCUGAAGGUUAACUCUCCUGGAGAUGCCAAAACAAAAUUAUUGACCGCUAAAUCUACAUUGAAUUCUGAAUCUAACAUAAUAGAAAAAAUGAGACAAAAUGUUAAAAGUCAAGCAGAGGAAGUCGCCGUGGAUUCCGAUGACGAUUCAGAUGAAAGUGAUAAUAAUUAUUACUGCUCACAGAUCACGCAACAAUCAACAAAAUCUAUAGAAAGCCUCAUCAAGUCUCCCGCCAGACGACCAUCGUCAGCUAAUGCUGAUUACAACGGCUCUGUUCGUAAAUAUGUGAUUGAUAGCGAGCCUUACAUUGCACGCGCGCAAUCUGAGAGUAAUAUAUCUGAACACAAAAAGGAAGUGAAAGUAAAACAGUUUUUGCACGGUCAAAGCUUCGAUAACAGCAGUGACGAAGUAGAAUCGUUAGUAGAUAUUCCAAUGAAAAAGAUAGUAUCUGUGGAAAAUAUCAAGGAGGUUCCGAAACAAACCAAAGGUGUUUUGAAGAAUGCCUCUUCAACCUCUUCGCUGAAUAAGAAGAAAGUGUUGUUUGACAUGGACGCAAUUCAGAUGAAAUCGGUAAGCGCUUCGCCGUCACAAAGUACGACGGAGAAGAGCGACGACAAUGAAAAAUUCGAACUUGGUUUGUUAAAUCUAGAUGGCGAAGAAUGGGAUAUAUCCAGCAUAGAAAAUGAACCACUAAAGAACGACACGAAGAUCCAAGUGAACUCGCGUACAAGUCCAAAGAUCGCGGAGCUGAAGCAAACGAUCGAGUCUCAAUUAGCACGACGAAACGAAACCCCUACUGCACUAGUGGGUGGAGUAAACCUGAUGCCUACUCCUAUGCCCAGAACUUCAAGCGUUGCUGGCAGCAACACAAGUCUCGGGAGUUCUAUCCUAGAUGAAUCCGACGGUAUGCCUCCAGUGGUAAACCACAAAACCUUCGUGAGACCAAAACGAGUGGCUGACAAAGAGGACAGUGAAAUAGAUAUUUCUGAAUACAGUCUCGAUGGAGUUAGUAAUAAGAAAAGAAACGAUUCAUUUUAA